AUGGCAACCAACAAUUUUGGUCUUACGGACAAUACAUCUUCGCUUUUUCACCAACCUCCCGGCUUUCGUCAUGCCACCGGGAAUUCGUCACGCUUAGAUUGGGGUGGUGAUCUCGAUUUCACACUCCGAUUCGAACAAGGCUUUCUAAGUAUUGUACCAAGUGCUUUAUUUCUACUCAUAUUUCCGUUUCGCUGGUUUUACCUUCAGUCAAAACCUCGAAAAGCUGAGAAAUAUGGUAUUCUGGGAUCGAGUAAAGUGGGGACUAUUUUCCUAUAUGCGCUUUUACAGAUCAUCUUGCUUGUUUUAUGGGCGCCAAACAACCAAAAGAGGAAUUUCCAGCCCACGACGAUAGCAGCAAACACGAUCGGUAUUCUCGACGCUAUCGCUCUCGGCGUCUUGAGUUUUCUCGAACAUAGGCAGAAUAUUAGACCUUCCUCCCUCAUUACAUUAUACUUACUUCCCUCGGUGGCUUUUGAUGCUGCGCAAUGUAGAACGCUAUGGCUUCUACCACGUGCAUCUGAUUUGAUUACGUUGCCAAUAAUGUUCAGUAUCAGUGUGGGCUUCAAAACGGUGAUUCUGAUCCUUGAAGUUAUAGAGAAGAGGAGCAUUCUGCUUUCGCCGUGGAACCAAGCUUCCCCAGAGUCUCUCGGCGGUGCAAUCAACCGUUCAGUGUUUUGGUGGCUUAACGAGUUAUUUGUGCGAGGCUUCCAAGGCGUUUUGGACCUCGCAUCGCUGUGGCCUACAGAUAGUAUGGAUUCUGAAAAGCUUCUAGCACGACUUGAUCACUUUUGGAUAAAGACCAAAGACAAAAACUCCAAGCACGCUCUCGCCAAAGCUAUGGUCAGAUGUUUGAAAUGGCCUAUUGUAGGAGUCUCACUUCCAAGACUGUGUCUCAUAGGACUCAGGUUCUCACAACCUUUGCUUCUUAAAAGCGUGGUUAGCUAUGUAAGCCGACCUGAUGGAGAAGAGAAGACGAAUAUUGGGUAUGGGCUUAUUGGUGCCACUGCGUUAGUUUAUCUGGGAAAUGCGAUUAUCAAAGGCGUUUUCAAUUACAAGAGAGUACGACUGAUGACUAUGACGCGUGGGGCUUUGACAUCAAUCGUAUUUGCAAAGGUUAUCACUGUAUCUGCAUCUUUAGCAGAAGCGAAGGGCUCUAACACUCUUACACUCAUAACCAUUGAUGUGGAAAACAUUGGCAAAGGAUUCCAGCUCCUCGAUGAUAUUUGGGCGUCCCCGAUCGAAGUCGGAAUUGCCCUAUGGCUUCUAUACCGGGAGUUGAGUGUUGCCUUUAUCUUUCCGAUGAUCAUUGCCGGACUCUGUACACUGGCAAUAUUCAAACUCAGUCCGUUGAUCGGAGAAGCUUUUGCAACUUGGAACAAAGGUAUUCAAGAACGUGUAUCCUUGACCUCUUCAAUUCUAGGAAGCAUGAAAGAAGUAAAGCUUCUCGGUCAGACCGAUCGAUGGGGAAAAGACAUUCAAGCACACCGUGUCGAAGAACUUGAACUAUCCAAGAAAGCCAGAAUACUCAGCGUAUACCGCCUUGUCAUUUCGAGGAUUUCAACAUAUCUCACACCAGCAAUUACUUUUGGGGUCUUUAUUGUUGUUUCUCAUCGUAACGGUGGUGGCUUGUCGGUCUCCACAGCUUUCACUUCGCUCUCACUUAUAUCGUUGCUGAGCUCCCCACUAUCUCUAAUGUUUACUGCUCUACCGCAAGCAGCCGUGACAUUAGCUUGUUUUGCCAGGAUCCAAGAAUUUUUGGUUGAAGAUGACAAUAGUCUUGUUACAGCCUCGAAUCAGACUCACAACGCAGCUUCGACUGAGCUCGGGGCAGUAAACCAAAGUGCUGGGUCGGCGGAGUUGGAAAGAAGUAGGGACAACAUACUUACAUUAAAAAAUGCAUUCUUCGGCACAAAAGAGGAUGGCUCCCUCAUCACUCACGGCCUCGACCUUAAGAUCCAACGUUCCACCCUCACAAUGAUCAUUGGACGAAUAGGCAGCGGCAAAUCGACCCUUCUCAAAGGUCUUAUAGGAGAAUUGCCAACAGAAACUGGCUGCGUACAACGUUCAUUUGUAGAAACAGCAUAUUGUACGCAACAACCUUGGCUCACAAAUACUAGCAUAAGAAACACUAUCCUUGGGCCUUUGCCUUUUGAAGCUAGAUGGUACGAUACGGUGAUUCAAGCUUGUGCUUUAGAUCGGGAUUUCGCUUCGUUACCGCUAGGCGACUUGACUGUUGUUGGGAGCAAAGGUAUUUCUAUAAGUGGAGGGCAGAAAGCACGAGUUGCUCUUGCUCGAGCUAUAUAUUCCAGAAGAGAUGUUGCGAUUAUCGAUGACAUGCUCAGUGGUUUAGAUCGGUCUACUGAGGAGUUGGUCUGGAAUAAUGUAUUUGGACCUCGGGGUAUUUUUCGUCAAUACGGUGUGACGGUGAUUCUUGCGACUCAUACUACCCGCCAUUUACGGGACGCAGACAACAUUGUGGUCCUAGGAGACGAUGGUACAAUCCAGGAGCAGGGCACACUAGAAUCACUUAAUCUUCAGAACGGCUACGUGAAAAGUCUAAUAAUAAAUUCCAAAGCGCAAGAACGGUCCACCCACAACCCAGCAAUCAUCGCAGAUAAUGCUAGCAGUGAAGUGUCCGUGACUGCUAGCAAAGCUUCCGAACAAGAAGAAGACAUGCUGCGAAAAACUGGGGACGUAACACUUUACAAAUACUACCUAAAAUCAGUAGGGUGGAAGGAUGGAAUUAGUAUAUUAAUCUUGACGAUCGGUGCGCAGUUCUGCGUGUAUCUUCCUCAGGUUUGGAUUAAAUUAUGGACUGAAGCGGACGCUAAACAUCCUGGAGACAGAACUGGCAUGUUUUUGGGUGUAUAUUUGAUGUUUGGGGUGCUAGGAUUGGUAUUUUUGUACUGGGCUAUCUACUAUUCUUUCAUCGUCAUCACGCCAAAAUCAGGGGCUUAUUCGCAUCAGAAGCUGGUGGAUGUUAUCAUGGGAGCACCUCUUUACUUCUUUAAAACAACCGAUACCGGUGUGACUAUCAACAGGUUUAGCCAAGACAUGUCACUCCUGGAUAUAGGACUUAGUCCUGGUGCAUUCCUUACACUAUUCGGCUUUGUAUCAUGUGUAAUGGGGCUCAUCCUCAUAAUCAUAAGUCUCAAAUACAUAUCAGCAAUCAUCCCCUUCGCAGUCCUUUUCCUCUACGGUCUCCAACUUUUCUACCUCCGCACGUCCCGCCAACUUCGCCAUAUGGAUCUCGAAGCAAAGUCACCACUGUACACGCAUCUUCUCGAAACGGUCUCAGGAAUCAGCACAAUUCGUGCUUUCGGUUGGACUCGUCCAAACAUGACUACCAGUUUAAACUUCCUUGAUGUUUCACAGAAACCAUUUUACCUGCUAAAUUGUAUUCAACAGUGGCUACAACUCGUACUCGAUCUUUUCACGUCCGGUGUUGCGAUUCUGUUCGUCGGAAUUGCAGUUUCUACAACUACCAGCCCUGGUUCGGUUGGGUUGGCGUUGCUUAGUAUGCUGACGCUUAAUCAGUCCUUGGUCACUGCUAUUGUAGAGUGGACUGAGCUGGAAACAAGUCUUGGUGCCGUGGCUAGAUUGAGGAGUAUGGAGUUGAAUACGCCGAAAGAAGCUCAAGAUGACCAGACCUUGGUGCCUGAGAACGAAUGGCCGAGUAAAGGAGAAGUUCAUUUCGAUAAUGUCGUUGCUUCGUACAGCCCUAACACACCCUCCGUCCUCAAAACCAUAACUCUCAAAAUCAGCGCAGGUCAAAAGAUAGCCAUCUGUGGUCGAACAGGAAGCGGCAAAUCCUCCCUCCUCCUCACCCUCGCCGGUCUCAUCCCCCUAACCUCCGGUACAAUAACAGUCGACACCCACCCCACUCACCUUAUUCCUCUCUCCCUUCUACGCUGUCGUCUCAACUUCCUCCCCCAAGAACCAAUCCUCUUUCCCGGUACCGUCCGCUCAAACUUAAUUCACACCUGCUGUUCUGAUCCCUCUAUGAUUACCGCCCUCCGUACCGUGCAUCUGUGGGAUCUACUCCUCUCGCGCGGCGGCCUGGAUGCGGAUGUUCAAAGUCUGGCGCUGAGUCAGGGCCAGAAAAUGCUGGUUUGUCUUGCACGAGCGAUCUUGAGGAAGGGUGAGGGUGCAGGCGGGAUUUUGGUGUGUGAUGAGAUGUGUAGUAGUUUGGACGACGAGACGGAGGGGUUAGUAAGACAUGUUAUUAGUGAGGAAUGGGUUGAACGGACGGUGGUUGAGGUUGUCCAUCGGUUGGACGGAAUAAAGAGGUUUGAUGUGGUGGCGGUUAUGGAUGGGGGGCGGUUAGUAGAGUUUGGUGCUCCUGAUGAUCUGAUGGGAAGGGAAAAUGGGUUCUUGAGGAGGUUGAUUGAGGGUAGGGGUUAA